CUCCUUUCUCCAGUCACAUUACAGGGGAGGAGAGAGUUAAACACGUAAGCAGCACCGCCGAUGCCUCCUAGUCUGCACUUGGCUGCACCACCGCCAGGUCCUCCUGCCUGAUCCGGAUCUCUGUCCCCCCUCGUCCUCGGUCUGUCGGUCGGUCGGAUCUAGUCACCCCUCGCACACCCCCCGGCGGAGAGGACACCAUGCUGGACCCGUCUUCCAGCGAGGAGGAAUCGGAUGAGAUUGUAGAAGAAGAAUGUAAGGAGGUUCUGGCUCCCAGUACCGGGGCCCGGCUCUCCCCCAGCCGGACCAGCGAGAGCUCCGGGGGUGGAGGAGGAGGCGGAGGAGGAGGGGGUCUGCAGCCCAGCAGCCGGAGCAGCAGUGUGCGGCCGUCCAGCCCCAGCCCGUCCGUGGUCAGUGAGAAGGAGAAGGAAGAGCUGGAGAGGCUGCAGAAGGAGGAAGAAGAGAGGAAGAGGAAGCUGCAGCUCUAUGUGUUUGUAAUGAGAUGUAUCGCCUAUCCCUUCAAUGCCAAGCAACCUACCGACAUGGCCAGGAGGCAGCAGAAGAUUAGUAAGCAGCAACUGCAGACUGUUAAGGAUCGUUUCCAAGCCUUCUUCAAUGGAGAAACACAGAUUGUGGCUGAUGAGGCCUUUAUGAAUGCAGUACAGAGUUACUAUGAGGUUUUUCUGAAGAGUGACCGCGUGGCAAGAAUGGUGCAAAGCGGGGGCUGCUCCGCCAAUGACUCCCGUGAGGUCUUCAAAAAACACAUAGAAAAAAGGGUAAGGAGUCUCCCGGAGAUCGACGGCCUCAGCAAGGAGACUGUUCUGAGCUCCUGGAUCGCUAAAUUUGACGCCAUCUACCGAGGAGAAGAAGACCCCCGGAAACAGCAAGCCAGGAUGACCGCCAGCGCCGCAUCGGAACUUAUCCUCAGCAAGGAACAGCUAUACGAAAUGUUCCAGCAGAUUCUGGGGAUCAAGAAGUUUGAACAUCAGCUGCUCUACAAUGCAUGCCAGUUGGACAAUCCAGAUGAACAAGCUGCCCAGAUAAGACGUGAAUUAGAUGGUCGUCUACAAAUGGCAGAUCAAAUUGCAAGAGAGCGCAAAUUUCCAAAAUUUGUGUCCAAAGAAAUGGAAAACAUGUACAUUGAGGAGCUUAAAUCUUCGGUUAAUCUGCUAAUGGCGAAUUUGGAGAGCAUGCCAGUGUCAAAAGGCGGCUCUGAAUUCAAGCUCCAGAAGCUGAAACGCAGCCACAACACAUCCAUCAUUGACAUGGGGGAAGAGAAUGAAAACCAGCUCUCCAAGUCCGACGUGGUCCUCUCUUUCAGCUUAGAGGUUGUAAUAAUGGAGGUCCAAGGGUUGAAGUCUCUAGCACCAAACCGCAUUGUGUAUUGUACAAUGGAAGUGGAAGGAGGUGAAAAGCUGCAGACUGACCAGGCAGAAGCUUCUAAACCAACCUGGGGGACACAAGGGGACUUUAGCACCACACAUGCGCUGCCUGCUGUCAAGGUCAAGCUUUUUACAGAGAGCACUGGAGUGCUGGCACUGGAGGAUAAGGAACUUGGACGGGUCGUUUUACACCCAACACCCAACAGUCCCAAACAAUCAGAGUUGCACAAAAUGUCAGUGUCCAAAAACUGCCCUGAUCAUGAUCUUAAAAUAAAGUUAGCAGUCCGAAUGGAUAAACCUCAAAACAUGAAACAUUGUGGGUAUUUAUGGGCAAUUGGGAAAAAUGUGUGGAAAAGAUGGAAAAAACGCUUUUUUGUCUUGGUCCAGGUUAGCCAGUACACAUUCGCUAUGUGCAGUUACAGAGAGAAAAAAGCAGAACCACAGGAACUUCUACAACUUGAUGGCUACACAGUGGAUUACACAGAUCCACAGCCAGGCUUGGAAGGAGGCCGCUCAUUCUUCAAUGCAGUGAAGGAAGGUGAUACAGUGAUCUUUGCAAGUGAUGAUGAGCAAGACAGAAUUUUGUGGGUCCAAGCAAUGUACCGAGCCACUGGCCAGUCACACAAACCUGUGCCGCCGACUCAGGUUCAAAAACUUAACGCAAAAGGAGGAAAUGUACCACAGCUCGAUGCACCUAUAUCUCAGUUCUCUGGACCGAAGGAUGCUGACAGAGCCCAAAAACAUGGCAUGGAUGAAUUUAUCUCCUCAAACCCGUGCAACUUUGACCACGCCACCCUGUUUGAGAUGCUUCAGCGACUUACACUGGACCACAGACUUAGUGACUCAUAUUCCUGCUUGGGUUGGUUCAGUCCUGGUCAGGUGUUUGUCCUCGAUGAAUACUGCGCGCGCUAUGGAGUAAGAGGCUGCCAUCGACACCUUUGUUAUCUAAGUGAUUUACUGGAGAGAGCAGAAAAUGGAGCCAUGGUUGACCCAACUUUACUCCAUUAUAGCUUCGCCUUCUGUGCAUCACAUGUACAUGGCAAUAGCCCACUAAUGGCAGAAUUACUUGGUGGCUCACAGCAAAAUGCUGAGAGUGAGGGAGGCAAAGUGCCUAGCCCUUCUGGGAUUGAACCAGAGAUUAAGAGAGAUUCUAAAAGGGAUUCUAAAAAACGAAAAGAUUCCAAAUCUCAGCCGAAUCCUGAACCUAAAAGGCCUGAUGGCAUCGGAACGGUUACAGUUGAAGAAAAAGAGCGAUUUGAAGAAAUCAAGGAAAGACUUCGCUUGUUGCUGGAAAAUCAAAUCACACAUUUUAGGUAUUGCUUUCCAUUUGGCCGACCAGAAGGAGCAUUAAAAGCAACUUUAUCCUUGUUGGAGAGGGUUUUAAUGAAAGAUAUAGUUACUCCAGUUCCUCAAGAGGAUGUGAAAAAUGUUAUCCGGAAAUGCCUGGAGCAAGCUGCUUUAGUCAACUACACAAGACUAUCAGAAUAUGCCAAAAUUGAAGGGAAAAAGAGAGAAAUGUAUGAACACCCUGUCUUCUGCUUGGCCUCCCAAGUGAUGGAUUUAACCAUUCAGAAUCAAAAGGAUGCAGUUCAUCGGCCUAAACCAAAGCCAUCACCUGUGCCUCCAUCCAUUCAAACCCAAGCUAACAUGUUAAAUCAAAGGCUGAAAGGCAUGCCUAAACCAAUACCAAAAAAUGUAGGUCGGUUAGUAACUCCUGCCAAAAAACUUGAAGACACAAUACGACUUGCAGAAUUGGUCAUCGAAGUUCUCCAGCAAAAUGAAGAACACCAUGCAGAGGGGAAAGAGGCAUUUGCUUGGUGGUCAGACCUUAUGGUAGAACAUGCAGAGACAUUCCUCUCGCUCUUUGCGGUGGACAUGGAUGCAGCGUUGGAGGUGCAGCCGCCAGACACCUGGGACAGCUUUCCUUUGUUCCAGCUUAUAAACGAUUUCCUUCGCGCUGACUAUAAUUUAUGCAAUGGAAAAUUCCACAAACAUCUCCAAGACCUGUUUGCUCCACUUGUUGUCAGAUAUGUCGACCUCAUGGAAUCCUCAAUUGCACAAUCAAUUCACAGGGGCUUUGAGCGUGAAUCGUGGGAGCCAGUAAAGAGUUUAACAAGUAAUCUGCCCAAUGUGAAUCUUCCAAAUGUGAAUCUCCCUAAAGUACCUGUAGCCCUACCAGUUAACCUCCCACAAAUGCCUAGCUUUUCUGCACCGUCAUGGAUGGCUGCAAUUUAUGAUUCUGAUAAUGGAUCAGCCACAUCAGAAGACUUAUUUUGGAAACUUGAUGCCCUACAAACGUUUAUUCGUGACCUCCACUGGCCUGAGGAAGAGUUUGGGAAGCACUUGGAACAGCGCCUUAAACUGAUGGCAAGUGACAUGAUUGAGUCAUGUGUCAAAAGGACUAGAAUUGCAUUUGAGGUGAAGUUACAGAAAACCAGCCGAUCGACAGACUUCCGGGUGCCGCAGUCUAUCUGUACCAUGUUUAAUGUUAUGGUUGAUGCAAAAGCGCAAUCAACAAAACUUUGUAGUAUGGAAAUGGGACAAGAGUUUGCUAAACAGUGGCACCAGUACCAUUCAAAAAUUGAUGAGCUAAUUGAAGAAACAGUUAAAGAAAUGAUAACACUUUUAGUUGCAAAGUUUGUGACUAUUUUAGAAGGAGUACUGUCCAAACUUUCCAGAUAUGAUGAAGGAACCUUAUUUUCUUCAUUUUUAUCAUUUACUGUCAAAGCAGCUUCCAAGUAUGUGGAUGUUCCAAAACCUGGAAUGGACGUCGCCGAUGCCUAUGUUACAUUUGUGCGUCACUCUCAGGAUGUCCUUCGUGACAAGGUCAAUGAGGAGAUAUAUAUAGAAAGGUUAUUUGAUAAAAGGCUGGAUGAUAAUUGUUCUGUCAUGUGCCUGAGAAUUUUUGAGCAAUGGUACACCAGUUCAAUGAAUGUUGUUUGCACCUGGCUUACUGACCGUAUGGAUCUACAGCUUCAUAUUUAUCAGCUGAAAACCCUCAUUAGGAUGGUCAAGAAAACAUAUCGCGAUUUCCGAUUGCAAGGUGUCUUGGACUCCACAUUAAACAGCAAGACGUAUGAUACCAUUAGGAAUCGGUUAACAGUGGAGGAAGCAACGGCUUCCGUUAGCGAAGGAGGCGGGCUUCAAGGAAUUACAAUGAAGGACAGUGACGAAGAAGAUGAAGAGGAUGAUUAAAUAUAUGAAAAUAGAGGCUCAAUGGGAUGUAGCCACCCCAGGUCCCCAGUGCAUGUCUGUUAGCCACAUUAGGGAAUUUUCUGUCUGCUCCAACUGCCCAUAAAAACUCUACCAAUACGAUUGUCAUUCUAGCUGUGUAAUUUAAAAAAAAGAAUACCUGAACGCACUACAUUUGGUUCAUAGGUUUCCUAUCUUCAAAUCUAUAGGUUCAUGAGCAAUAUAGAGCACCAUUGUUUAAUACUGUUAAUUGAUCUAUAUAGGAAACAUGCUAAAUAUGUCCCUGUUCUCAGCAAAAAUAUCCAAUGCUUCAUUCCUGUAAUGUAUAUAUGUUGAUGGUAAAAUUGUUGUGCCUAUGAGUGAGUAGUUAUGUCAUUUUUGUUGCGUGGAUGCCACCUGCUCAUCAUAAACAAAACAAAAUCUAAAGGCUUUGUUUUCAAAGAAGAGGCUACACCCAACGAGGUUUAACUAUGGCAAUCCAUUCAAUACCGAAUUCAGCUCAUCCCGAAAUCUAAGUUAUACUCUUUUACUUGAACAUCCUGUUAGUUAACUAGAGGUUACAUAUCAGCGGAUUAGUAUUCCAAAAAAAAACUACAACUGUUCUACUUGUCGUAGAUAUGAGACAUCCGAAAACUGAACAAGCUACUGUUGAAAAAAAAUAUAUAAAACAGUUUUAUGUUUAUGUCUUCACUUUAAAUGUUACAUUUUGUUUAGGUUUUAAUAAAAGUGUAUGUAAAAAAACACAAAAAAAAGACAACUUUAAUAACAGACUUAGACUAUAAACUGUGUUUAUAAGACUAUACAAUACUUAUUUCCGUAGAUUGUAACCUUAAUUUACAUUAUUUUGUGUUUCACAAUUGUUUUUAUAUCUGCCAUGUACAUUGCAUUUUGACCAGUAACUGCAUGUCAACAGGGUCCCUCAAGAAGCUUUUUAUCUGUGUAAAAUAGUGGAUCCAUCUUGCUUUUGCCUUACAAGAGCCUACAGUUGUAAAAGUGUAAGGACUGUGGCUUCUCAAUAAAUAACUAUUCAGAUGUCCUAA